AUGAAUACGGCAGAAGACGGAGUAUUGACUAUAGAAAUUGACGAUUUAUCAGUUUAUGAGAGUAAGGCAAUUGUCGAUGCUUUAAGUUUAAACAAGGACAUAGUUCAUUUCAUCAUGCGGUUAAAGACUAUUUCAAAUGAAUGUUUUCAAAUAAUUAUGAAGUCGUUAAGAACAAAUCGAUUUAUAAAGAAUCUACGUUUUUUUGGUGAACGCGAUAAGUAUUUAAUUCCAGUCUCCGGUUCGAUAGUGGCUGAUGUUCUUCUAGUUAACAAAGAAAUUAAUGCACUCUUCCUUUGCUUAACUACAAUAAAUGACAAUGAUUUUAAAAUAAUAACUGAAGCACUGAAGAGAAAUAUAACUGUUGCUCACCUUUGUAUACUAAAAAAUCCUCAUCUGACUGUCCAGAGUGCUGUUUACUUAAGUGAUCUAAUCAAAUCAACAACGACAUUGAACCAUGUUACAUUUGCCAACAAUUGUAUUGACAGCGAAAGCACUGUUCUAAUUGCGUCUGCAUUAAAAUCAAAUCAAUCGAUAAAGACUAUGAUAAUGAUAGGAGGUAAAAUGUCGGAUGCAUGUGGAAACGCAUUGGGACAAAUGUUAGAACAAAACAAAACUAUCAAGGAAUUAUGGUUGAGUAAUAAUCGGUUAACCGACAUUAGUGCUAAAGCAUUAGCCAAAGGAAUGCGAUCGAAUUCAACAUUAAAGCAGUUUAGGAUCGGUAAAAAUGAGUUUACAGAGACAAGUGAAGGUGGACGAACCUUAAUGGAAGCAGCCAAAGCUAAAGGUGUGAAACUGAAAUGGUAG